CGCUGAAUCACUUUGACAGAUGUCUAAACAGCAACAUCAUAGCAAACGAGCAUAUAAACAAAGACUUGUUUCAGGCAAUCGAAAGGAUAUUUCUUGAAUUUUUGCUAAAUUUAUUGAAAUAUUUUUUUGAUUUUUUUCACGCUAUUCAGUCACACCCCAGUUUAAUCAAUAGAAGAGAAUAAAAAUUGUUGAAAAAAAAAACAAAAAGUCGUGAAUGAGCUCAACUCAGAAUAAACCGGAAUCGACCACAACAAAGGCAACAGCCAUGAAUUCCGACAUGGAUGUGGACGAUGCAAACAAAUCCAUCGAAACAACAGACAAAACCGAUGGAAACAACACCAGUAACACAAGUGUUGAGAAAAAAGUGGCCAAAAAGAAGAAGAAAAAGUCAUCGCCCGCCGGCCAACCACACAACAAAAAGAUGAAAAAAGAUCCCAACAAACCGGAAUAUCCAAAAGUUGGCUAUGUUCGAUACAUGAAUGUGCGUCGUGAAGAAUUACGCAAGGACUUUCCAGACAUGCACCAUUUGGAUGUGACCAAGAAAAUUGGCGAAGAAUGGAUGUCGAUGGACGAUGAAAAGAAGCAACCAUAUCUCGAUGCCGCCAAAGAGGAUAAAACCAGAUACAAGCUGGAAAUGAAAGCGUAUAACAAGAAGUUGAAAAAGGAGGAAGAUAAGAGUGCAUCAACAUCGAAAGGGAAGAAAAAGUCUUCAAAAGCGGUCAAGGAUGCCAACACAUCGGAAUCGAUGAUUGAAGAUAGUCCAAAGAAGAAGAAGAAAAAGUCAGCCACAUCAGCAGGUCAAACUAACGGUGCCGAAGCGAAAUCUGUACAAAAGUCAAAGCCAGUGAAUGCAUCAAAGAAGACUCCAUCUGUUGAGCAACAGCCGAGUGCAUCAUCUAUAUCGCUGUUGAAUACACCUCCGCCGACACCGCCCCAAGCUGAUGGUGCGCCAAUUUUUGGUGACAUUCCAAUAUUCACGGACAAAUUCCUUCAACACAAUCGUCAAAUGGAAACCGAACUGAAGAAGAUACGUAAAAUGAACACCGACUACGAACAACAAAAUGCCGUGCUAGAGAAACACGUCGAAAAUGUACGAGCCGGCAUUAGCAAAACAAACACCGAAAUCAAUGACCUUCGUAAGGAAAACGACAAACUGUCAUCGUAUUUGGAGACUUUGCGACACAAAUUGGCCACACAAUUACGCAAUCUAUCGAUCCCAACCGAACCGGACGGGGCAAACAUCGAAAAUAUCGACAAAUACAUGAACGAUCUGUACGAUAUGGCCAAAGAUAACUCACACGGGCCGGCAUCAUUGAACAAAGCCAAAGAUCUCCUACGCAAAGUCGAUCUCCAUAUCGAUCUGAAAGCAUUUCAUCAGAGCAAUCAAUGAAUCGACUCAUCGUCGAUUAACUAAGCUAUUUUCUCCAUACAGUACGUUUAAGAUAGGCUAAUUAGAUCUAAGAUUUUCAGUGAAUUUACAACAAAGAAUAAAUUUAAAUCAACCAUUGCCAGAAUGCAAAAAAAAAUGUUCUCUCAUUCUAUUUCUUCGUUGCUUUAGUUCAUUUUCGAAAAAUCGACUUCGAUUCGUCAUUUUAACUUCGAAAAGUGCAAUUCAGCUGCAACAGAUGGCAGCACACGAAAUGUCAAAAGCAGUCAAAACAAAUCAUAUGACAAGAAACAUAUUUGGUUCAUUCGCUGUUUUUGAUAGUGUCUUUGAGUAGAGAAAAUUGAUUUUUUCAAAGAAAAAAUAAGAAAAUUAUUUGAUAAAGUAAAAAAAUGUCGCAAAUAGAAAAGGAACUGCAAGAUAAACUGCUGAUCGAAAUGUUGGAUUUGAUUGAGCAAUCGGUGUUGUGUAAAAUGAACAUUGAAUCGACAACAAAUGCUGGCCAAUUGCUAUUGGCAAAAUCACGAUACAUCCAAGGACCACAAACAGUAUCCGUAUCACAAUUGCCCACCGAAAAUAGCAACGAUUUCAAUGCAUUGAAAACAGUAACGAGACAAGAAGAUGAAAUCAAUGAUGAACUUCAGCUCAGCACCCACAAAGUUGACAAGGAAAAUGGAUUUAUUGACACAAUUCGAUGGUUUGGUGUACUUGUACCACGCAGCCUACAACUAGCCCAGGAACGAUUCAAUAAAGCCAUUGAACUGGUGGUCGAGUGUGCAAACAUUCAAACCAAAUUGAAUAAUACCAUAAGAUACAUUUUAUUGUUAAGAAAUAAAUCGAGUUAAGGGAAAUUGCAGCAAUGAAUUGGAGACAAUGUGUAGAAAAUUGUUGAAUACUAAUGAAGUUAUUGAAUAAAAUCCAACAAUAUCGAAGAAUUCAUGAUUAUUUAGCAAAUUUUGAAAGAAAGUCGAACAAAAACUAAGAAAAUUGAAGAAGUUAACAAAAAAUCCGUAGAAAUUCAAAACAUUUUUUUCAACAGAAAAAAAAAUGAGAAAAUCAAUGAAAAGUGAAACAAUUCAAUAAAAUCAUCAACAACCAAACCAAA